UAACACGCAAGAGCAAAUGGGAUGUGGUUUCAGUCUGUGAGUGAGUAUUUAAAGAAACGAAAGGGCAUGAAAUGAGAGUGAGUUUGAAAAGUGUGACAAGGCUGGUUGUGGUGCAUCCCAGACCCAAUUUGAGUGUGAGGGGUUUCUCACUUCCACAGUCAAACGCACCAACCCUUCUUCUUCCUCUUCACUCCCACCGUCCCGCCAAAACCCUCCUUCGAAUCGCCACGCCGUUGUUUCGGUGUUGCGGUUGCGCGCCCAUGUCUACGCUCCUGGUUCGCGACAAAAUCCACCUCUCCGACACCGAGAGAGCCAUCUUCGAUAGGCUUCUCGCCACUCUUCGCCACUUCAGCCUCCAAACUCAGCUCCGAGUCGCCGGUGGCUGGGUUCGCGACAAGCUUCUGGGGAAAGAGUGCUAUGACAUUGAUAUUGCUCUCGACAAUAUGAUGGGAACUGAGUUUGUGGAUAAGGUGAGGGAGUACUUGUUGUCCAUCGGCGAAGAUGCACAGGGAGUUUGUGUUAUCGAGAGCAAUCCUGACCAAUCAAAACAUUUGGAAACAGCAAGGAUGCGUUUGUUUGAUAUGUGGAUUGAUUUUGUUAACCUGAGGAGUGAAGAAUACACUGAGAAUAGCCGCAUUCCAUCAAAGCAAAGAUUUGGCACAGCAGAAGAGGAUGCAUAUAGGAGGGAUUUGACAAUUAACAGCUUAUUCUACAAUAUCAACACUGACUCAGUUGAAGAUUUCACUAAGAGAGGGAUCUCGGAUCUCAAGUCUGGUAAGAUAGUGACACCUUUACCUCCAAAGGCCACCUUUCUUGAUGACCCAUUACGAGUUCUUCGAGCCAUUAGAUUUGGUGCUAGAUUUGAAUUUACUCUUGAUGAAGAUCUGAAAGUAGCUGCUGCAUGUGAUGAUGUGAAAGAUGCUCUAGCUGCUAAAAUUAGCAGAGAGCGCAUUGGAACAGAGAUUGAUCUUAUGAUAUCCGGAAAUCAACCUGUCAAAGCAAUGACUUAUAUUUGUGAGCUGACACUAUUUUGGAUCGUGUUCAGUCUUCCUCCUGAAUUUGAACCCACCAUUUCAGAUGGAUGUGAAAGGCUUUGCAUUUCUUGCUUGGAUGCUGCAUGGAACCUUAUCCAUUUACUUGGAGGGUCAACCUUUACUGCUGAACAACAAAGGUUAACGCUUUGUGCUGCUAUGUUUCUCCCUCUUAGAGAUACUACUUACAGAGAAAAGAAAGCUAAGAAGAUUCCUGUUGUCAAUCAUAUUAUCCGGGAGUCUCUCAAGCGAAAAGCUAAAGAUGCUGAAAUGGUGCUUAACUUACACCAAGCAUCACAUAAAUUCUUGUCAUUGAUCCCUUGCCUUGUAUCUAGUGAUGACGUUCAAGUUGUUGAUCAUGAUUGGAUGAGAGACUUAGUUGAUGUCCCUGUCUCUUCUAGAGUCCGGGUACAAACAGGGUUUCUCUUAAGAGAGGUUAAAGAUUAUUGGCGAGUUGCACUGUUGAUAUCCACUAUAUUACAUCAUCCUAUUGACAUUAAGGAUGAGCCCUCACAGUUGAAAAAACGAAGCGAUCUGUUUAAUACUGUGGAGAAUUCUAUCAUAAAACUAGGCCUUGAAAAAGUAUGGGACAUAAAACAAUUGAUCAAUGGCAAAGAUGUUAUGGAUGCCCUACAGCUUAAAGGUGGACCUCUUGUUAAGCAGUCGCUGGAUAAAGCAAUGGCUUGGCAACUUGCCUAUCCAUCUAGAACUGCAGAAGAAUGCAUUGAAUGGUUGAGAGAAACCAAUUCUAAGCGUGUUAAGUUACAGUAACUUCAGCGAGGUUGGUUGUGUGGUGAAGUUUCCCUGCCACUUACAAUUUUAUAAAGCCUAGCACAGUAGUUCCUUCUCACUUUUGGAUGUAAAUUUGCACUUUGGGAAGUAUAAUUUAUUUUUUUGGCUUACUGUGAGAAAUAGAUAUCGUAGCCUUUUUAUUUUAUUUUAUUUUUGUUUAAAGAUAUUUAUUCAAAUUGUGCAUACCCUCGGCACUUGAAGAUUGAGCUUACCUAUUAGGAAUCAAGCAACCAUUUGUAUUUAUUAGAUAAUAUUGUAAUGACAUCAAUUGCGUAGCGUGGAAGUCUCUGCAUUUUAUCUUCCCAGGAACAUAAUGCAUUUUGAGACAUAAUAUAUCGUAGCACAAACCUUCACUUUUA